AUACCAGACAGGGCCUUGACGAUAAGAUAACGUUCAACACUGCAUCACAGCCUGCUGGAUUGUUUCGCCGGAACUUACUCCGGCCAGUCUUCCGCACAUCCUUCCCCCAGCGUCGGCACAUCGUACACUGCAUCCGCCAGCAUGGGGAAGGGCACCGACAAACUCUACAUCACACACUCGGAGUGGUCGUCCUCGGAUGCCUACAGCGCCAGCGUCGGCGCAAACGCGGGCGCGCGGGCCCGGCGCGAAGGGGCCGGCGCCGCGCACGCCAACUUCAAGCGCCUCCCCUUCAACUUCUGCGCCGCCAGUCUCCAGCCGUUCAAGAAUCCCGUGUGCACCCCCGACGGCACCAUCUUCGAUGUCGAGGUCAUCAGCGCCUGGCUGGAGAAGCACGCGACAAACCCGGUCAAUGGCAAGCCGCUCGCCGCCAAGGACCUGAUCCGCCUCAACUUCGCGCGCAACGCCGACGCCGACGCCGUCGCGGCCAACGACCGCAAUGGCGUCCCGACCGACGGCAAGGGCGACUUCAUCGACCCCGUCACCUUCAAGGUGUUUACCGACAACACGCACAUCGUGGCCAUCCGCCACGGCACCUACGCCAACGUGUUCGCCUGGGAGACGGUCGAGCGCAUGAACAUCAAGGCCAAGAUGUGGCGCGACCUAGUCGACGACGUUGAGUUCGGCCGCAAGGAUAUCAUCACGCUGCAGGACCCGCAGAACGCCGCCAGCCGCGAUCUCAGCCAGUUCAAGCACCUCCAAGACGGACAGGCAGCGCUGCCGACCAGGGAACAAGAAGAGCAGCGCCAGCAGGGCAACAUCAACAUCGACGCGCUCGGCCGGAUAGGCGACAAGGUUCUCCGCGCCAAGGAAGCCGUUGAGCGCGCCCGCCAAGCCCGCGAAGCCGGCGGCGACGUCAACCGCGUCACCAAGUCCUUGACCGCGACGUCGAAAGCGAACGCGUCCGCCAAUACGGCCGCUCGGACGCCCGCCAUAGUCGAGAAAAAGCUCGCUCCCAAUGCGGCCGCCUACACCACCGGCCGGGCCGCCGCCUCCUUGACGUCGACCGGCCUGACGCCCGAGACGUCGAGCGAGCGCGCGGUGCUCUCGGACGAGGAGUGGAUGCUGCACCCGAAGCGCAUCAAGCACAAGGGUUACGCGCGGCUGGACACCAGCCUGGGCGCGCUGACGGUCGAGCUGCACACGGAGACGGCACCCAAGGCGGUCUGGAACUUCUUGCGGCUCGCGCAGCGGGGGUACUACCGCGGCGUGACCUUCCACCGCAACAUCCGCAACUUCAUGAUCCAGGGCGGCGACCCGACCGGCACCGGCCGCGGCGGGCAGAGCGUGUGGGGGCGGCCCUUCGCCGACGAGCUGGAGGGCCCCCACCUGCACGACGCGCGCGGCGUGCUGAGCAUGGCCAACAAGGGCAAGAACACCAACUCGUCGCAGUUCUUCAUCACCUACCGGCCGGCCAAGCACCUCGACCGCAAGCACACCGUGUUCGGCCGCGUCGUCGAGGGCGUCGACACCACGCUGACCGCCAUGGAGACGGCGCCGGUCGAGGAGGGCAGCAACCGGCCGCUGGAGGCCAUCACCAUCAAGGACGUGGUCGUGCUGAUCGACCCAUUCGACGAGUUCCUCAAGGAGAAGCGCCGCCGGGACGAGGAAGACGCCGCGAGGGAGGAGGUGCGGCGCGCCGGCGGCACCGAGGACGACCGGACCACCUGGACGGGCAAGCGCAUCCGCGCCGACGGCGCCGUCGUCGACGACGACAAGGCCCGCGGCGUGGGCCGCUAUCUCAAGACCGCCGUGGCGGCUGCUGCUGCUGCGCAGGCGGAUGAGGAUGGGACGGGGGGGAGCAUAGGAGAAGUGGACACGUGGGAGGAGCCGGUGAAAAAGAAGGUCAAGACGGGCGGCGGGUUUGGGAAUUUUGAUUCAUGGUGAAUCUGUUCUGACGGCCGGUGUGAGCGGGUAAGGGGUAUCCUAUAGGUGGGAUGGAAUGGGCACCUGGGUUUCAGCAUUUGAGCAUUGCACGGCGUUUAAAAGGGGAAAAAGGGCU